AUGGCCCUGACCGUGUGUGUGCAGCGACUAACAGGGCUGCCAGGCACCCACGAACGACAAGUGAGGCUGAGUUUUCGGGGCUUUACCCAGAAAACAAGGAAAAUUCACUGUGGUCAAGAAGCAGAUAUCGGUGAGCUGUUCCGUUGGCCCCACUAUGGAGCUCCUCUGGCUGGAGAGCGUCUGUCUGUGCAAGUAGUCAACUGCAGCCGUGUGUUCAGCCCAAGGCCUCUGGGUACCCUGGUGAUCUCCCUGCAGCAGCUACAGAUGGUUGGGCACUUGGUACUGCGGGAGGCCCUAGUCGACGAGAAUCUGCGAGUGUCCCCGAUCCAGGUGGAGCUUGACCUGAAGUACCAACCCCCAGAGGGUGCCACUGGAGCCUGGGCAGAGGAGGACUUUGGGGCACUCAUUCAUGAGAGCUCAGAGCUGAUCAUCCCAAAUGUGGGCUUCCGGGAGCUGGAGCCAGGGGAGGUCCGGCUGGAGCGGCGGGCAGUGGCUUUGGGCCGCAAGCUAGUCCGAGGCCUAGGUCAGCCAGAGGAUGAAGAAAACGAGCUGGAGCUAGAGCUGGAGCUGGAACUAGAGGACGAGCCUGAUGUGGAGCUUUCUGGAGUUGUGUUCAGUCCCCUCAAGAGCCGAACCCGGGGCCUGGCUAGCGGGGAUCCCUUCCAAGUGUCCAGAGCCCAGGACUUUCAGGUAGGGGUCACUGUGCUGGAGGCCCAGAAGCUAGUCGGAGUCAACAUUAACCCCUAUGUAGCUGUUCAAGUUGGGGAGCAGCGCCGAGUAACUGCCACACAGCGCGGGACCAAUUGCCCCUUCUACAAUGAGUACUUCUUGUUUGAAUUUCACAAGACCAGGCAUCACCUCCAGGAUUUACUGUUGGAAAUCACGGCUUUCCAUUCGCAGACCCUCCCAUUUAUGGCCACUCGGAUAGGCACAUUUAGGAUGGACUUGGGCAUCGUCUUUGAUCAGCCAGAUGGCCACUUCUAUCAGAAAUGGGCUCCGUUACAUGACCCUCGGGAUACUCGCGCCGGGACCAAGGGCUUCGUCAAGGUCACCUUGUCUGUGAGGGCACGCGGGGACCUGCCCCCUCCGCUGCCAUCCCCGGGCCCAGAACACAGUGUGGACAUUGAGAAACCCCUCCCCCUGCCGCGCCGGGUGCCCGCCGAGAGGCCAUGGGCGCGGCUCCGCGUGCGUGUGUACCGCGCGGAUGGGCUUCCGGCGCUGCGGCCGGGGCUGCUGGGCAGCCUGGCCCGGGCCCUGCACGACCAGCGCAUCCUCUUGGACCCCUACGUGCGGGUCUCUUUCCUGGGGCAGCAGGGCGAGACGUCGGUGCGCGGCGAAACGGCGGUUCCGGAGUGGAACGAACAGCUGAGCUUCGUGGAGCUCUUCCCGCCGCUGACGCGCGGCCUUCGCCUGCAACUGCGCGACGACGGGCCCCUGGUCGACGUGGCCCUCGCCACACACGUGCUGGACCUGAGGCAGAUCUCCCACCCAGGCCGCGCAGCCGGGUUUAACCCCACCUUCGGCCCGGCCUGGGUGCACCUUUAUGGCUCGCUCCCUAGUGGAGGGCUCCGGGACGGUCUUCAAAGUUUGAAUGAAGGCCUUGGCCAAGGCAUUUGGUUCCGUGGCCGCCUUCUCGUGGCGGUGUCUAUGGAAGUUUUCGAAGGUAGAGCUGAACCCGAGGCUCCCCAGGCCCCACAGGGGUCCAGGUUGUCCCGGCUUACCGGAAAAAAGAAGAAGAAAACCAAGCGGGGCCAGACCCCACCCGGGGUUACACAGCAUGCCGAUGCCAGCUCCAGCGGGAAUGGGCCUGAGAUUCCUAGUGCGAUGGAGGUGGAGGUGGAGGAGUUGCUACCGCUGCCAGAGAAUGCCCUGGCACCCUGCGAGGAUUUCCUGCUUUUCGGCGUGCUUUUUGAGGCCACCAUGAUUGACCCUGCUGUAGCCUCGCAGCCCAUCAGCUUCGAGAUUUCCAUUGGUCAUGCAGGUCGCCAGGAGGAGCAAUUGGGCCGAGGGUCCAGGGCUGGGGAGGGAACCGAGGCUGCAGUGGUGGAGGCACAGCCUCUGCUGGAAUCAGUCGUGGGCACCCAGGCAGCAGUGGAGGAGCAUGAGGAGCUGGGGACCCCUGCUCAGCAGCCCGAGCCCAUGGAUGGCAGCGGGCCGUACUUCUGCUUGCCUCUGCGGCACCGCAAGCCGUGCGUGCGGGUGUGGAGCCGCUGGGAGGAUCACACAUGGCGCCUACAGAGCAGCAACUGCGUGGGCAAAGUGGCCGAGAGGCUGGACCAGGGUCUGCAGGAGGUUGAGAUGCUGCAGCGCAGGCCAGGGCCCAGUGCAUGUGCUCGGCUCAAGCAGACGCUAGAAGAGCUCGUGGCUGGGAGCAGACAGUUCUGCCGCGGAGCUGAGCGCAGGACAAUGACCCGGCCCAACGCCCUGGAUCGAUGCCGAGGGAAACUGCUGAUGCACAGCCUGAAUCUGUUGGCGAAGCAAGGACUGUGGCUUCUACGGGGCGUGAAACAGGGCAACAUGCAAAAGAAGGUGACACUGGCCAAGAAGCUCCUGGCAAAACUGCGCUUCCUGGCUCAGGAGCCCCAGCCACCCCUCCCAGAUGUGCUUGUCUGGAUGCUCAGUGGGCGGCGCCGUGUGGCCUGUGCUCGGAUCCCUGCCCAGGAUGUCCUGUUCUCUGUGGUCGAGGAGGAGCGGGGCCGAGACUGUGGGAAGAUCCAGAGUCUGCUGCUCACAGCCCCCGGGGCAGCCCCUGGUGAGGUCUGUGCCAAGCUGGAGCUCUUCCUGUGGCUGGGUCUGGGCAAGCAAGCCAAGGCCUGCACCUCCGAGCUGCCUCUGGACCUGCUGCCUGAGCCCUCAGCUGGGCUGCCCCACAGCCUGUGCCGGGAUGACUUUAGCUACUUCCAGCUCCGAGCUCACUUGUACCAGGCUCGGGGUGUGUUGGCAGCAGAUGACAGUGGCCUCUCGGACCCCUUUGCCCGAGUCCUCAUCUCUACCCAGUGCCAGACUACACGGGUCCUGGAGCAGACACUGAGCCCCCUGUGGGAUGAGCUCCUGGUGUUUGAUCAGCUCAUUGUGGAUGGCAGGAGGGAGCACCUGCAGCAGGAGCCUCCUCUAGUGGUUGUCAAUGUCUUUGACCACAAUAAGUUCGGCCCCCCUGUGUUCCUGGGCAGGGCGCUGGCCGUCCCAAGGGUAAAACUGGGGGAGGACCCAUACCAACGCCCUGAGCUUCAGUUCUUCUCCCUGAAGAAGGGACCCCGGGCAGCUGGAGAGCUCAUUGCCACCUUCGAACUCAUUGAACUGGACUACCGUAGCCGCCUGGAGCCCUCAGUGCCCAGUGACGUGGAGCCACAGGACCUGACACCUCUGGUUGAACCCCUCUCUGGGCGCCUGUCCCUGCCACCCAAUGUACGCCCGGUGCUCAGGGAGUUCCGUGUUGAGGUGCUGUUCUGGGGUCUGAGGAGCCUUGGUCGUGUGCAUCUGUUCGAGGUGGAGCAGCCCCAGGUUGUGUUGGAGGUGGCUGGGCGACGGGUGGAGUCUGAAGUCCUGGCCAGCUACCGGGAGAGCCCCAAUUUCAGGGAGCUCGUCAGGCAUCUGACAGUGGACUUGCCGGAGCAGCCUUACCUGCAGCCCCCACUCAGCAUCCUGGUGAUAGAGCGCCGGGCCUUUGGCCGCACAGUCCUCGUGGGUUCCCAUGUUGUGCCCCACAUGCUGCGAUUCACACUCCGGGGUCAUGAGGAUCCCCCUGAGGAGGAAGCGGAGGAGGAAGACACAGUGAACCUGGUACCCAAGGGACCUCAAGGACAAAAGUCCCUGGAUCCCUUCUUGGCUAAUGCAGAGAUUUCCAGGAGGCUCCUGAAGGCUCCUCUGAAGAAACUCGCCCUUGGAAGCCUCUUGAGCCAAGGCCCUGAGCUGGAGGAGGAUAUCCCCGAUCCUGAAGAGCUCGAUUGGUGGUCCAAAUACUACGCAUCGCUGCAGGAGCUGCAGAGACAGCCCAACUUUGAUGAGGAUGAAAUGGAUGAUCCUGGGGAUUCAGAUGGGGCCAACCUCAUUUCUGUGGAUAGGGAGGUCCCAAACCAGGGUGAUGCUGAAGUCGAAGGCUCUGCACCCCGGAAAAAAACAAUUGCCACCCUGAAGAUCUACAGCAGCUCCUUGGAGGAGGAGUUCAACCACUUUGAAGACUGGCUGAAUGUAUUUCCACUCUACCGAGGGCAAGGGGGCCAGGAGGGGGAUGGAGAGAAAGAAGGGUCUGGACACCUGGUGGGCAAGUUCAAGGGCUCCUUUCUCAUUUACCCUGAAUCCGAGGCAGUGUCCUUCUCUGAGCCCCAGAUCUCACGGGGAAUCCCCCAGAACCGGCCCAUCAAGCUCCUGGUCAGGGUAUACGUGGUAAAGGCUACCAACUUGGCUCCAGCAGACCCCAAUGGCAAAGCAGACCCCUAUGUGGUGGUGAGCGCUGGUCGGGAGCGGCAGGACACCAAGGACCGCUACAUCCCCAAGCAGCUUAACCCCAUCUUUGGAGAGGUCCUGGAGCUGAGCAUCUCUCUCCCAGCUGAGCCUGAGCUGACUGUGGCUGUAUUUGAUCAUGACCUUGUGGGUUCUGAUGACCUCAUUGGGGAGACGCACAUUGAUGUGGAAAACCGAUUCUACAGCCAUCACAGAGCGAACUGUGGACUGGCCUCCCAGUAUGACACAGAUGGGUACAAUGCCUGGCGUGAUGCGUUCCGGCCUUCACAGAUCCUGGCGGGGCUAUGCCAGCGCUGUGGCCUCCCUGCCCCUGAAUACCGAGCUGGUGCUGUCAAGGUGGGCAGCAAAGUCUUCCUGACACCGCCUGAGAUCCUGCCUUCAGGUAGUGGGGUCCCCAAGGAGCCAAGUGGGGCCUCUGAGGAAGCCCAGGCAUUGCUUGUGCUGCGGCGUUGGCAGGAGAUGCCUGAGCUUGGGAUCCAGCUGGUACCUGAGCACGUGGAAACUCGGCCCCUCUACCAUCCCCACAGCCCCGGAUUGUUGCAGGGAUCUCUUCACAUGUGGAUUGACAUCUUCCCCAGGGAUGUACCCGCCCCACCCCCAGUUGACAUCAAGCCUCGGCAGCCAAUCAGCUAUGAGCUCAGAGUUAUCAUCUGGAAUACUGAAGAUGUGGUUCUGGAUGAUGUGAAUCCCCUCACUGGAGAGAUGUCGAGUGAUAUCUACGUAAAAAGCUGGGUGAAGGGGCUAGAGAAUGACAAGCAGGAGACAGACGUGCACUUCAACUCCCUGACUGGGGAGGGCAACUUCAACUGGCGCUUUGUAUUCCACUUUGACUAUCUGCCCACUGAGCGGGAGGUGAGCGUCCGGCGCCGGCCUGGACCCUUUGCCCUGGAGGAGGCCGAAUUCCGGCAGCCAGCCGUGCUGGUCCUGCAGGUCUGGGACUACGACCGCAUAUCUGCCAACGACUUCCUUGGAUCCCUGGAGCUGCAGCUGCCGGACAUGGUGCGGGGAGCCCGGGCCCCUGAGCUCUGCUCUGUGAGGCUGGCCCGGGAUGGGGCUGGGCCCAGGUGCAAUCUGUUUCGCUGCCGCCGGCUGCGGGGUUGGUGGCCUGUAGUGAAGCUGCGGGAGGCAGAGGACGUGGAGCGAGAGGCGCGGGAGGCCCAGGCUGGCAAGAAGAGACGGAAGCAGAGGAGGAAGGGCCGGCCAGAAGACCUUGAGUUCACGGACACGGGUGGCAAUGUCUACAUGCUCACGGGGAAGGUGGAGGCAGAGUUCGAGCUGCUGACUGUGGAGGAGGCUGAGAAACGGCCUGUGGGGAAGGGGCGGAAGGAGCCUGAGCCCCUGGAGAAGCCCAACCGCCCCAAAACUUCCUUCAAUUGGUUUGUGAACCCGCUGAAGACCUUUGUCUUCUUCAUCUGGCGCCGGUACUGGCGCAUCCUGGUGCUACUGCUGCUGCUGGCCCUGGUCACUGUCUUCCUCCUCCUUGUCUUCUACACCAUCCCGGGCCAGAUCAGCCAGGCCAUCUUCCGUCCUCUCCACAAGCCCUGACUCUAACUGACCCUGUACACCACCCCGGACUCCCACUCCUGGAAACCCCUCCCACCAGGAGCUAUCACCAGGUUCGGUGUUUGUGAAUAAACCUUGGCACACAGCCACUGACACUGGACUCCAUGCUGUGCAAGGCCAGCUCUUACAGGUGGCAGAGGGCAGAGGUGUUUUCAGGUGGGCUCAGGUGCUGGGGAUUUACUGGAAGACUGCACAGGGAUGGAAGGCUGCCUGGCUCCCUGGGCUGUGGUAUGAUGAGGUCUUUGGCUUUAGUUCUCUCCAGGUAGAAAGGGCUCUGAUGGGAAGCACUCGUUGAAGCCAGAGCCAGGGUCCCUGGUCCAGAUUGGCCCCCUGCUACUGGACUGUUGGGAAAAUCAUGAUGCAUUUUUGCACAGAAAAACAAAAAUGUCAUGACUUUCCUGACAACCUAUAUAAUCCCUUCCCACUUUUCAAUUCUGACUUCAUCUAGGAGGCUGCAAAGGACUUGAAUGGACUCCUCUGCACCAAGACCUGUAUGGGGCUUGCCACAGAGCAGUCAGUGAGCAUGAGAGUAUUAGGAGACUGAGCCAGGCUGGCAGGGAGUAGCCCCAGCUGUAGCUGCCACUGAAGAGGUGGCAAGCCCCAGUCUACUCUCAGGGCCCUCUUAACAGUGGCACUGAGUCCUGUGGGCCACUGUGGCUCCAGGAAGCUCACCCUGGAAAAGUCCAUCUGGGCCUGGGGGCUAAAACCAAAGACCACAGUGGGUGAGGGAUUAGGAAGAGUUAUGGAAUGGACAUCAGUCUGGUUAGAAUGUUCUUUUUUUUUUUUUUUUUAAAGUUUCCUUCUUCCAUUAACAAGAGAUACUAACAGGGCUUUCAUGCUGCGAUCUAACCCUAGUCCAGAUCAUGGGCAUGUGUGCGCCUGGUAUGUUCAGGGAGGUCUCUGGAUGUAAACCCAGCACCUUUCCCUGUGGGUCGGCCCCACUGAACUUGGCGUUUUACCGCUGCACCACCAGCCAGCCUCUGAAUGAAGCCUUAUUAACCAGAGAUGCCCAUGUGGGGCUCCCAGAGGGCACCUGGGCCACAACUCAUCAGUCCUAUGUGGUUCCCACAUGUGGCUGUAAUAAGGGGUUGUUCACAUGCUCUGUCCCACCCCAAGAACCACACGGUGAGAAGUGAGUACUAUCACAAUCAUUACAUUUAUCAACCCGGGGUUGGGACUGGCUCAGGAGGGAAUGCAGGGGGAUAGGAGA